CUAUUGUGUGAAAAAAGUUUCAGUUUUGUAAAAUCGUUUGAUCAAAAUGAACGAAAUUAUUAAAGAUAAGUUUAUUCCGCAGCAACUGCUGUACUUUAUGGCUGGCCGGCGAUGCUGCCAACAAUUCCCAUGCACAUUUCGGUCGUCAGAGCACGAAAUUUUCAUGCGAUUCGCCAGCUCUUUGGGCUUGCGGGCGCAGUUCGUGUUUAAUAAUGGCGAAAUUGUCAAAGUAUUCAAGCAAGCUUGCCGCCAUUAUUUGGAGGAGCCAAAAAUAAUGACAUUCUCGCCUUCAACGGCAAUGAACAUUCUAACCAUGUUGGGACGAUCAAGCAACUUGGGAAAAGAUGAACUAAUAUUGAGCUCAGAUUACAUUCCACAGCGUGGGUUUGUUGCUGAAAUUUCGGGGCGUCAUCUACCAUUUCCGACAAUCAUGGCGCCUACGCCGCGUGUCAAGGACGUUACGCAGCGCAAUUUAAUGAAAAAAUUUCCCGGCUAUCCGAUUAUCGACAACGUCAUACAGACCCUGUAUAAACAGCGGGUAAUGGUGUUCAGUGCAGAUCUCUCGUGGGACAAAUCGCUAUAUAUGCCAAUUAUCAUUUUUGAAGAUUGCGCAUCUAAAAAAACAAAGGCGAAGAUAAUUUGCAUCGAGAAUGAAAACGUUUUGGCAAUGUACAAUAGCAAGCGCCUGGCUCAUUACUUCGCCGAGGAUUUGGGUGAGACUGUGGGAGUUCAACUGCCGCAUACCAGCAACAUCAGCUCGGGAACGCACAUUAUAUGCUCCACGGCGCAGUAUGUGUUACGUUCUCUGACAAGCCAGAAAUGCCUGAACAUCAGCCACUUCAUUGUUAACGAUGUGCACCGGCAUGAUCCCUAUAUCGACGUUUUGCUCAGUGAAUUGCGAAAUGCCCUGACCUUGCACCAAAAUCUUCGAGUCAUACUGCUAUGUCAAAUGGCCGACGUGAAGAAAUUUACCGACUAUUUUGGAGAAGGGACAGAAUUGAUGCCGAAAGGAGCCCAAAAACCGGAGCUCCGCAUUUCGUAUUUGGGUGAUAUUCACAGCCGUAUUUCAGAGGCUGGCAUUCACAAGGGGCAGGACAUUUACAAGGAGACUCCAGAGGUGUACAGAACCAAAACCGCCAGAAAUGAGCAAAUGGAUAAAUGUUUGGAUGCCUACGAGGAGCUCGGCACUGAUCUUUCUAUUCGUCCAUUUCUGUAUGCCGUCAAUUACGACUUGGUGCCCGUCAACUAUCGCCAUUCGACCAGCGGCAAGACUGCUGUGCUCAUUGCGUCGCAGCAGAACAAUGCUAACCACCUACGCAUCUUGCUGUAUAUGGGUGCUGAUCCGUACGUUGUGGAUGAGCAGCACCAGAACGCGAUCACAGUGGCCGCAUCAAUGGAAAACAAUGAGUGCAUUGACGUCCUGAACAAUUGGAGCCUGCGGGGCAAUGCAAUUAAAAGCACCAAGCCCGAUUUUGUGGACUACGAUCUUAUCAUAGAUUUGUUUUACUUGUUGCGAACCAAGCCGGAAUAUCCGUCAGGCAACAUUUUGGUCAUUUUGCCCACCUAUUAUCAUAUUGUUAAACUGAACUAUAUGCUUCUCAGUCAUUACAUGAGCGGCAAACUGCAAGAAUUUUCAAUAUUCUUGCUGCACGAAAAUAUGGGCGGAGAGUACAUUGACGAUGUGGUUAAUGCUCGCGACGACACUGACAAAGUGGUGUUGGCCACAGAUAUAAUUGAGUCGUUGGCUCUUCAGGUGCCGUUCAAGUACCUGAUCGACACUGCUUGCAAACAGUAUACCAUUUACAAUAGCGGCAGCUACUGCGCUGAGAAUCGAUACGAAUGGGUGGCCAAAGACUGUCUCUUGAGAAGGGAAUCCAUCGUCGACGGAGCUGCUGCUGAUUCACAAUGCUUUAGAUUGUUAUCCAAAUGCGCAUACAAUUCGCUCAGUGAAAAUAGCACACACCUGCUUCAAAGAAUACAGCUGGACAAGAUCUGUUUGACGGUGAAAGCAUUGUCGCCGAACAUGAUGGUCAGUGAAUACCUAGGCUAUACCAUUGCCCCACCGCCAUUCAUUAAUGUGCACCAUGCCGUGCAGUUCCUGAAAAAAAUUGAGGCCUUGAACGAGGUCGAAGAUCUCACAUGGCUUGGCUGCCGGCUCCUAGAUAUACCAGUCCCUUGCCAACUCGGACGCCUUUUAAUUUUUGGGAUUCGUCUUCAAUGCCUGGAUCCAAUACUGACCAUAGUGACCUCGCUCUCGACGACGGAUCCGCUGAGUAUUCCCUUCACUGAGGACAUUGACAACUUGUGGGAUCGAUUCACGAUUUAUAUUCAAAAUCUCAUCAAGAAUGAACGUAGUCGCCUGGCAGACAAUCAGUUUUCGGACCACUUUAUGUUCCUGAGAUUGUUUCAGGAGUGGCAGAAUCGGCAAAAGAGCAAGAUGCCGAUUCUGUAUUUAACCAACGAAUACGACUUUAUUCUGAACGGACUGAUGGAGCAGCUGAGUUUCAUCCGCUCCUAUAUUGUGUCCUCCCUACGAGCGGCACAAAUGAUUCAUUUCCGUGGCAUGCUUAGCAUUCCAAAUCUUAAUUUGUUGUCGGGAAAUUGGCACGUGGUAAAGGCGGCCCUAACCGGCGGCAUGUAUCCAAAUAUCUGCGUGCUAGAUGUGGGAAAAUCGUGUCUCAAGUCGGCUUAUUCAGAGAAAGUACACUUGCAUCCCAACACAGUGCUGCGGGACUUUCUAGAGCCAUUUAGCAGCUCGGCUCUUAAUUUUCGCAGUCCCUGGAUUGUCUGCACCAAGCAGAAGAACUACAUUUUAUACGCCACCGUGGUUCUUCCCCUAGCAGUGGCUAUGUUUACUGGUCCGAGCAGAAUGAGGUCUUCCCAAAUGAGUCUAAGCCAAAAUGAUAACGUCAAUGUCUAUAUAGAUGAAUGGAUCUGGAUGGUUAUGCCAAAAACUGUAGCCGAGUUGGUCAUAAAAGUACGUCAGUGUUUCUUUAGUGGAUAUCAUGAAUUUUUAAAGCACUGUAGAGAUCAGGACAAAUGGAACGCCGACGCAACCAUUAUGGCCAACCAGGUCUUGCUGAAUGAAACAUUGGCCAAAAUAUUUGAACACGAAGAUGUGGCUGCCGGAUUUUCAAAGACUCCGCCUAUUUAUUAUCAGCCCAUUAUAAAGCUGCCAACCUCUUAUCUGCUGACUGUAAAUCGCCACUUUAGCUGGAAUAAAGAAGUAGAAGAUAGCAAAGAAGAUCUGCUGAAACGACGGACAUUACUACAUUUCGAUAUCAAUUCGCACUUUGUUGAGCGACAGUUCUUCGUUCUGCACACCAAAGAAUCCUGUGAGGAUUUCUACAAGAGCACCAGUACUCCCUACAUCGAAUCCGUACUAGGAAAGUUUGCCAGACCCAUCGAGACGCCCAAUCGACACAUUUUCGUGAUUCUGUAUAAAAAGAAUGAGGAUGAAAUGCUAAGCAUAAGCCGAGCAAAAACUACUAACGGAGAAUUUACAUUGAAGGAAUACUUUCGAAAUGUUAUUCCAGUGUAUGAAAUUAUCGAUGCUUGCCGAUCGUUAAGUGUUAGCAUGCCAAACUUUGACGGCCGUUUAAUAUCCAGUCUAAUUGACAAAAGAGUUGGAAAUUUAAUUAUGGACUUGUUCGCUUUUCGCAAUCAUUGGAUUCAUAAGCGAUAAAUUUAAUCUUUGUUCCUUAUGGGAUGUAUCGGAUGUACUGCCGACCCUCAAAAUCAAAUAAUCAUUUAAUGAUGUACUCCUUUUGUUAAACUUUAAGAAAGUUGAAGUGCUAUUUUUUUUAGUUAAUGCCAAUGAAUUAUAACAUCUCCAAAUAAACAUCUCCAUCACUCCAAAUGAAUGUGAAGUCGAAUUUAAUAAAGAGAUCCUGCAGAAUCAA